GUUUAAUUAAGUGACGCAUUCGUAAUUCUAAUUUUCUACAAUGUUCAUCUUACUUUCAGUAUGGAAGUAACAUUUUACGACCUUGAGAGGCACACGUAUUGCAAAUACUUCUCUGUGUCAUAGUUACUAUUACAAGCAGAUAUGGAUAAUGCUACUAGCUAUUUUCGCAAAGUACCUGAAAAAAUAUAUGUAGCGAUGCCGCUGUUUUCAAUGUGGUUUGGGUCUGUGUUAUCUGCUGCAGUACUGGUUUACGUAGCGUUUUUUACUUACGUUUGGCCGUUACUCUUAGUGUAUAUAGUCUGGAUCUAUACAAUAGAUAAAGACACUUGUGACCGGGGGGGAAGGAGUAACACAUGGUUAAGAAUAUGUUACUGCUUCCCACGAGGUCUUAAUUACUUUCCUAUGAAAUUUAUAAAUGUUGCAAAAGCCCCGUUGAAUGCGAAGAGAAAUUAUCUAUUUUGUUGCUUUCCUCAUGGGGUGAUGCCAUUAGGGGUUGCAGGCGCAUUUCUAACCGAUUACGGAGGUUUUGAUGAAUGUUUUCCAAAUCACAUACGAAGACUUGCGACGUUGAGGCACUUUUUUUCAAUCCCAUUUUAUAGAGAGUAUCUUUUAAGUGCCGGUCAAUGUAGCGCUUCGGAAAAUUCGUUAAAUUACAUGCUGAGCUAUCCUGGAGGAGGCAAUAUAGUGGGCUUGACGGUGGGUGGUGCUGAAGAAGCUUUGUAUGCGAAACCUGGAAAUUACUAUGUUGUAUUAAAGAAACGUAAAGGUUUUAUAAGAGUGGCGCUAAGGAACGGGUCACCACUGGUACCGGUAUUUUCGUUCGGUGUAAUUGACAUAUACGAUCAAAUGUCAAAUCCAUAUUUAAAGCGCCUUCAAAAUUACGUGAAGUCCGUUACUGGGGUAGCGCUUAUACUUCCAAUAGGAUGUGGAUUUUUGCAAGAUUGGUUUGGGAUACUACCUAAAUCUAGGCCCAUAACGACCAUUGUUGGUGACCCCAUAGAAGUAUCCAGAAUUGAAAAUCCAUCGCAAAAUCAAAUUGAAGACCUGCAUUCACGCUUUGUGGAGCAACUUGAAAAAUUAUUUAAUGAUCAUAAACACUCAUACGUACGAGAUGCUGACAAUGUGAAGUUGAUCAUCGUGUAAUUUGUUAGUUAUAUAAGCUUUAAAUACCAGAUCAGAACAAUGUAGCAUGAGCAAUAAAUUGCCGCGAUGCGGA